AUGAUGAAAACGACAACAUCUCAUGCCUCUGUACAUGACCUUGCUAAACACCUCAAAUUCCACCAUUACUCCUCACCACCAUCAAUAGCUGAAUCUUCCUCUCGAUUCGGUGCAUCUUCCCAGAAUGUCAAUCUAUCUGGAAUAACAGAGGUUCUCUCGAGAGAACAAGAAGAACAACUGGAUACUCCUAGCUCUCAUAGAAUGAUGAAUACAACAUCCAUAAGAGAGAGAUCUCAUCGUCAUCAUGAGUAUCCAUCCUCUGAACAUCAUACCUACUAUUCGACAAGUUCUGCUCUUGAAAGUACCAGGUUGAGUGGACGAACAUUGAAUUAUGCUAUUCCUUCUUUGGUGAAUCAUCAUCAUCAUCAACACCAACAAGAACCAGUGGUAUAUCAUCCCAGUCAUCAGGAAAAUUACGGUUUCACGCCUCAUUCUUCUUCUUCCUCUCUUCUCUUCAUGGUGAAAGAUAGAACCAAGAGAGCCGUUAUUACCCAGAAGAGUGCAACAAACACGACCUCAUCUGCUGUCGCCAUCAAACGCUCAACCUCCAUCAUUACUUCUUCUUCUUCAAAUUCUUCAUCCUCCCUCACCCCUCAUACAAACCAUCCACCCUCUAAAAUUGUAAAGAAGUCUUCCUCCAAAAAGAAGGUCAUUAAGAGAAAGUAUCAAUACAAACAUUUACUGGCAGCCGAUGCCAAUAAGAACAAUCAUAAAAGUGGUCAUAAGUCAAGCAAUAUCACUCCCACCACGCAGUACGUCUAUGAUUUUGGAUUGUGGGAUCAGAGCAGUGAGGCUUUUCCUUCAACUAACACCACCACCAACAGCAGCAUUGCAACGAAUACAACCACUCCUUCAUCCGCAACCUCUCCCAUCCACCAUGAAUCUGCAGAUUCCUCUUUCCAACUCCACUUGAACAAUUCCAAACAACACCGAGUUCAACGAAGAGCUGUUUCAUCCAUCUCCAAACACGAAAUGCUCCAAGUUCUUCAUCUGACCCAACAAAAGGCUUCUCAAAUUCUCGGAUGUUCCCUCUCCACCGUAAAGAGAAGAUUCUACGAAUUGAAAGAUGAGAUUGGACUCAACAAAUGGCCCCAAGAUUUUCUUGAAUUGAUGCAAUUGAGUAAGGAAGUCUUUCAAAAGAUUUAUCCCAUGUCUCUACAUUUUAUUUUGAAUCAUGAUGAUGAUGAGAAAAGUGGUGCUGUUGCUUCUGUGCGUUUGUUGGCUUCAGAAGAAGAAGAAGGUAGUAGUAGUAGUAGUACUCAUGAACAACAACAACGAUCACAAUUGUCAUCAUCAUCACUCUCACCACCAUCGCUGUUCAACCAUUCAACAAUGAAUCCACUUAUUGAAACAGGUGCUAACACCGAAGAACACCAUACCUCUUCGUUCUCGAAUAGCACUCUUGUGUGA